GGCCCCGUAUCAUGGAUGUCCCUCCCCCGAAAAGACCAACUCCUCGUCCUCUUCAUAGGCCGCCUAGCCGACUUUCUCCAAAUCGCCUCCCUCCAAGCCUACGUCUUCUACCAGCUCAAAGCCAUGGACGGAUCCCUCUCUGACUCUCGCAUCUCGGAGCGAGCGGGGAUUCUCCAGGGCUGCUUCACCGGCGCGCAGGUCUGCACUGCUAUCCUCUGGGGAAAGAUUGCCGACGCGAGCUGGUGUGGGAGAAAGUGGGCUUUGGUGGUUGGACUUGGGGGCACGGCGCUUUCGUGUGUUGGUUAUGGGUUUUCGACCACGUUCUUUUGGGCGGCUUUUUGGAGGGUGUUUGGGGGUGCUAUUAAUGGCACUGUUGGAAUUAUCCGUACCAUGAUAUCAGAAAUCACCAUUGAGAAAAAGUACCAGUCUCGAGCAUUUCUAUUACUUCCUCUGAGCUUCAACGCUGCUAGCAUGCUAGGCCCAGUAAUGGGUGGCAUUCUGGCAGAUCCUUCCAAGACACUCCCCAAUUACUUUGGGGAGGGAGCCAUGCUUGACUAUCAAUGGAUUCGGGAUUAUCCGUUUGCUCUGCCUAGUAUACUCAACGCAUUCUUUCUCGCUGUGUCCACAAUCAUCACUGUCCUGUUUCUAGAAGAGACAUCGAAAGAGAGGCGAAACCUGUAUGACCCUGGCCUUCACCUCGCCUCCAACAUAAAGCACUGGUUUACUGGCGGCAAAUCCAACGCCGGCUACAUCCACAUUCCCGCCUCCGAGCAUGACGAAAAGACCGUCACGGAAAAGCCAGCACCGUCUAAGCGCAAGGUCCUGGCUCAUCUUCCCUUCCACCGCAUCUGGACCCGCAACGUCUGCUUCACACUCAUCAACAGCGCCUUUUACGACUUUCAGCUUGGAGCCUUUACGAAUAUCUGGUCUCUCUACCUAUCCACGCCAAGAUAUGGUACUCCUAAGUCGACGGCUGAGAAUGGGGGGAACUAUGCUCGUUCGUUACCGUUGCUCUUCACGGGAGGUUUGGGUAUGCCUGCUUCUACAGUGGGCGUUGCGACUUCGUUCCUCGGUCUGCUUGGUAUACUCUUACAGAUCUUCCUUUAUCCUAAAGUGCAAGGCCGUCUGGGAACAAUGCGUUCAUUCCGAUGGUUCCUUCUCCUCUUCCCUGUGGCUUACUUUGUUGGCCCGUACCUAUCCAUCCUGCCAUCGACGACAGAACCCCCCGAGCCAGCAUCAGGUCCCUUUAUCUGGGGGGGCAUAAUCCUUGUUCUACUGCUCCAAGUCAUGGCCCGCACAUUCACAUUACCAGCCACCAUCAUCCUGCUCAACAACUGCAGUCCCCAUCCAAGCGUGCUGGGAACAAUCCACGGCCUGGGCCAGAGCGUUUCAGCAGGCUUCCGUACUGUCGGACCUGUUGUUGGUGGGUGGUGGUAUGGGUAUGGUCUUGACAUUGGGAUGGUGGCCUGGGGAUGGUGGGGGACUGCAGGAGUCGCGGUGUUGGGAUGCUUUACGGCCUUGGCGAUGCAUGAGGGAUCGGGUCAUGAGAUUUUCCUGGAGGGAGAGGAAGAC